AUGGCCCCAGAAUUGAGAAAGCGAAAGUCCGUUUCGGACAUCAAGAAGCCUAACAGCGCUGCCAAAGCUGCCCAGCCUAAGCGAAAAGCCCCCGAGGAAGCGUCACCUGUGUCGCUGAAGAAGCAAAAGUCUGUCAAGAAGACUGUUGUCACAAAAAAGGCCGAUACCAAGCCGGCGCAAAAGUCCAAGAGCAAGUCCGAGGAAGUCAAGAUCGUCGAGGAGGAAACCACCACACUCGAUAUCCCCGAUGAGUCUUCCGAUUCUGACGCUGAGGAGGGCAAGGAAGUUCAGGCGAUCGUGAAGGAGCUGGACUCUGACGACGAGGAUAUCACCGAGGGCGACUCUAGCUUCAAGCAGGGACAGGAUGUCGGCAAGAUCCCCAAGGUCUCCAAGGAGGUUCAGAAGGCCGCCAAGGCUUCCGACGAGGAAGCUGGGGUUAUCUACAUCGGCCGCAUUCCCCACGGUUUCUACGAGCAUGAGAUGAGACAGUACUUCGAGCAGUUUGGCCCCAUUGUUGCGCUACGACUUUCCCGAAACAAGAAGACUGGUGCCAGCAAGCACUACGCUUUCGUCAAGUUCGAGGAGGCCUCUACCGCUGAGAUCGUGUGCAAGACCAUGGACAACUACCUUCUGUUCGGUCACAUACUCAAGUGCCGAAUGAUCCCCAAGGAGCAAGUUCGCGAUGAUUUGUUCAAGGGUGCCAACCGACGAUUCAAGAAGGUCCCCUGGAACAAGAUGGCUGGCCACAAGCUUGAGAAACCUUUGACCGAGUCUGCAUGGGCGAACAAGGUUACAAAGGAGAACUCUAAGCGCGCAAAGAAGGCUGCUAAGCUUAAGGAGCUCGGUUACGAGUUCGAUGCCCCCGAGAUCAAGGACGUGCCAGCUCCCGCUGCUAUUGAGAACGGAGAGAGCGAGACCAAGGCCGUUGAGGAUGCGCCCGCUGAGAAGGAGGAGGAGUCCAAGGUUGAGGAGCCCGCUGAGGUCGUCGAGACAGUUGUCGAGGAGAAGACUGAGAUUGUUACCGAGGAAAAGCCAGCUCCCAAGGCCAAGGGCAAAGCCGCAAAGGGCAAGGCAACAAAAGCAGGCAAGGGCCGAAAGGCAAAGGCUUGA